AUGGCGACCACCGCCAACCCCACCACCGACCUCUUCUCACGCCUCUCCUUUCGCCGCGCCGUCUCCCCCUCCCCACUCCGCCUCCCCUCCUUGCCGACCCCUUCGCCGCGCGUCUCCGUCGCCAUCGUCGCCCUCCACAAGCGCAACCCCAAGCGCCUCAAGUACGACUCCCAGCGCCAGUUCACGAGAGGGGAUGGCGGGAUGCUGCGGGUGCAGGUGGAACCCUCCGGCGAGGACUUCUGGAAGCUGGACCCCGUCGUCGACCUCAUAAACAGCGGCGCCGUCGGCGUCAUCCCAACCGACACCGUCUACUCCAUUGUUUGUGAUCUGAGUAACAAUGACUCUAUUGAGCGCCUCCGCAGAAUCAAAGGCAUUGUAAAUUCAAAGCCUCUCAGCAUCUUGUGCCGCUCAUUGCGAGAUAUUGAUACCUACACAACAGGAUUUCCUCUAGGUACCAACCAAGGGCAAGCUAACAUUUUCCGUGCUGUCAAGCGUAUAUUACCAGGACCUUACACCUUUAUUCUACCUGCGACUAAGGAAUUGCCCAAGCAAUGCAUCAAGCAUGGGUCAUCUACUAGAUACGCAAAAAGGAGGCAGGUUGGUGUUCGAAUGCCAGAUGAUCCCAUAUGUCAAGCAAUACUGCAAAAUCUGGAAGAACCGUUGAUCUGCACAAGUAAGAAUAUUGAGUUAUAUAAGCUACAUGCCUCUCUGUUUUGGUCUUCCUACACGAAGGAGAUAUUUUACUUGAGCUUAGAGGAUGAAUGGAUACUUGAUCCAGUAACCAUUGCCGAUAUUUAUGAGCCACUGGGACUCGAUUUCAUCGUUGAUGGCGGUGCUAGAAUUGCUGAUCCAUCUACUGUCGUUGACAUGACUGGAAGUUAUCCUACCAUUAUUCGGCAGGGAAAGGGUGCAAAGCUUGAUUGGAUGGUAACAGGCACAGACCAAGAGGCGCAGUCAACCUAUUCUCGUAAAGCAGCUUGA